AUGACUGAAUUCUUCGAAUCUGUCGGCGGUGAAGAUUCGCCCAUGAGGCUAAACGGAUCGUCAGCGAGCAGUGCUUCGGUUGCUUCUCGUCUGUACGGUACACGCUCAAGACGUGAUUCACUCGGAUCAGAUCCAGAACUAAUUUCAUUUUCCGAUCAAGAAAUGCAAGAAUCAUACUUAUCACGCGAGAUGAGUAGCAUUUCCAAGCAAAUGCAGGAAAUGCAGGAAAAACAACAACUGGGCGAUGAUGAGAGGACAAGAUUAAAAAUGGAAAACGCCCUCUUAACAGAACGUUUACAUGUAUUAGAAGAGCAAUUACAAGCUACCGAACAAAGAUACAAAGAUCAGCUGCAUGAGGAGAAGUUACGGGCAAAAGAACUUCUGAGUCGGAGCGAGAGAGAAAAGCAGCUGGAGUCAGAGAGUUUAACUCUCAAAUAUCAAAUGAUUGAAAAGGAUUUGCUUAUCUCUAAACGGGAAGCCGAAAAAGCCAGAGAAGAAGUGAAAAAGUUCAAAGAACAGUCGGAAGAGCUGAAAGCUGAUUUGGAUGAUAGCCGUUUAACUAUCGAAGACUUAGAAGAUGAACGAAUCAAAAUGGAGAGGCAGUUCAGAAAAUUCAAAGAAGAAGCAAAGCAAGAUAUUGAUUCUAGUUCCGAAAUGGUAGAAGCACUGACAAUGCAGACAGAAGAGCUUCGCAAGAGAGCUGGUGGUGUCAGACAGGGUUCUAUGGCUGAGCAGAUGCUUGAUUUGGAGGAAGAAUUAGAAGAAGCUAGAGUUACAAUCAGAAAUCUCAAGAAAGAACGAGAUGAUCUCCAAAAUCAAAUGCUAGCCGAGAGCGUUGAACGAGGACAUAACUUACUAGCAGACACACCUUGUCUAGCUGAUGAGCUCAUAGGAGGAGACUCUUCUCAACUCUUAGAAGCUUUACGUGAACAAGAAGUCUGUAAUCAGAAGUUGCGUGUAUAUAUAAACGGCAUUCUUAUGCGAGUAAUCGAGAGACAUCCGGAAAUCCUAGAGGUUGGUUCACACGAAUCCGACUCUUCAAGUUGA